GCUAGCUAAACAUUUAUUUAGGAAGUAAUUUUUUAUUAUUUUAAAACUAAAUGUUUAUCCAAGCUACACAGCUAAAUAUUAAGUUUUUAAAUUGGAUAUUUAUCUCACUUAGAGCUAAAUAUUUAGUUUAAAAACUUUACAUUUUUGAUUUAGAUUUCAGCAGCAACAUCUUGGAUCUUAAUGAAACAAAACAGAAGUUUGGAUUCUGAUGGUUCUGGAAGUUUCCAUCACUUUAUUUCUGGUUCUGGUCCAGAGCCUAAGCCUGCAGUGUUCUGGUUGAGCAGCAGAGGGCGCUGCAGCAGCACCCAGCAGGACUCUGCGCCUCCUGGAUGCUGCGGCUCUGCGGCGGCUCUCUGCGGCGUCGCCAUGGGAACGCUGCUGUCUCUGCCUCCCGGCUGCCGAUCCGCUGCGGCGGCGGCUUUGAAGGAGCCGCCGGAGGUUCCUGAUGAUGAGGAGGAGAAGAAGACACGCUCUGUGCUGCUGCAGGCGCUGCGCUGCAGGAAGCGGCUGGCGGCGUUGGGCUCCAGGGGGAAGUCGGCCCCUAAGGGCCCCAAGGUCAGAGCGCGGCCCUGGCAGGAGGAGCAGAUGUGCAUCAGGAGGCUGGUGGUUCAGGCCUCCACAGGCGAGCUUCUCCGCUGUCUGUCCGACUUCCUGCGCCGGCGCUGCGUCAAGCUGAAGGAGUUUCCGUCCAAUCGGAUCGUCGUCUGGCUGAGGAACGUGGAGCGAGCGCUGCUGCUGCAGGGCUGGCAGCAUCGGGGCUUCCUCAGCCCGGCCAGCCUCGUCUUCGUCUACCUGCUCUGCAGAGACGCGGUGGACGAGGACACGGCCUCGGAGCAGGAGCUCCACGCCACCUUCCUCACCUGUCUCUACCUGGCCUACUGUUACCUGGGCAACGAGAUCUCUUACCCCAUGAAGCCGUUCCUGGUGGAGUCCAGCCGCGACGUCUUCUGGGAGCGAGCGCUGGAGGUCAUUGAGCAUCUGAGCGCCGACAUGCUGCGCCUCAACACCGAACCGCGAUUCUUCACCGAGGUUUUCCAGGACCUGAAGAGACACAGCGCCGGCGGCAGCGGCAGCAGCAGCGGCGGCGGCAGCGGCGGGAGCGGCAGCAGCGGCGGCGGGAGCGGCAGCAGCAGUGGGAACAGCAGCAGUGGGGACGGCGGCAGUGGGGACGGCGGCAGCAGGACCCAUAGGACAGAGAACCGAAGGAUGGACGACCUGGACUGAAAGACCCGCAUGGGCUGAUGCAGCUUCCUAUUAAGGCUCUCUUGGCAACUAUAUCGGUACCGAACUCUUAGGACUGGUUUUGAUUCACCAGAACCUCCUCAGGUACGAAUAGGUCCAGAAGAAGGCCUGGACGGAUCUGUCUCUGGGCUUCAGAACCGGACAGCAGGACACACCUCAUCCCCAGUAGAACCACUAGAUCCAGUUCGACUGAUGAUCAAAAUGCAACAUUUGCUACAUUUUCAGCUAGUUUGGUUCUUUCAAACUGAACUGGGUCAAACAAUCCAAACUAGCUGAAAACCUGUUCCCCUCCUGGCCUGUGGGGGCGCUGCACCAGGAACCCAACGGAAAGAUGUCAGAUUUGAUCUGCUUGGUGUUCACAUUCAUCCAAAGGAUUGAUAAAAUAUUCUUACUUCCCCAAACGAACCGGACUUUGACUAGGCCAACAGACUGGAUUCGGAUUAAACAGGAUUAAACAGGGAUGGUGUGAAUUCAGCACAAAAUUACAAUGGAUUACAACAAAUGCCAAAAUAUGAAGAACAAACUAAUUAUUUACCCAAACAAACACAGAUCUGUGAAAACUAUGCAGUAGAUUGACUUAUUUUUGUAGCCUGAUUAGCUUAGCGUAGCUUAACUGUAUACAACUCAACUUUUAUCACCACUAUGCUAACUGACUUAUUGAGUGAAAAUGAUUGAAACAUUAUAUACAGUUUAAUUAAACAACCGUUUAAAUACCUUUUUUCUCAUCUAUUGAGUUUUUAUUAUUAUUAUUAACCAUUAUUUACAUCAACCCACCAAAUGGUAUUAAAGACAUGAAAUACCUGAGCUGUAAUGUCAUGUAUUUGCAUGUAAAUGUUCAUUAAUAUAUGUUCCAUUUUAUAAAAAAUAAACUUGAAACAAUCAACUAAAAUAGAUAUUAAUGGCGGUUUUUAAACUAAAGAGGAAUUUCUGCAGUGUGGAGAAAAUGCUAAUCUC